UUUUUUUUUUUUUUUAACCUCGUUUAGUUUUUCUUUUCCAAGAAUAGAGAUGUUACCUCCUUAGAAGCAGGCCACAGGAAAGGGAGAAAUUGAAAAUAUAAAAGAAGAUGGAAUGAGAGAGAGAGAUUAUGAACUCAGAAGUGCAAAUGGGAUCAUUAGCCUUAGAAAUGACAGAGUGUUUUUUACUUCCAAGGCAAUAAAGAGGGUAGGAAAGAUGGGUAAUGAACCCAACAUGAUUGAGAUAGCGAGGAGGAAAGUAGGGAACUUAAGUGGGUAGAAGGGGUUGUAUAUUCUCUAACUUGGAACCUUGGUGGUCUGUUAGACUCCAGAAUAGCAGCAGAGGUCAGGUUGGCUAUAUGGGGAUUCUGACAGAGAGUCAGUGGUGAAUACAAGUACUGAUAGGGCAUUGUCCCCUAAGAAUGAAUGUAUAGCAUAGACUUCAAAUGACCUUCAUCAGCUUGACAGGACUUUAUUCAACAGUGCUCAUUGGCUGGAUUCUUAUCUUCAGAAGUGGCAAUCAGGUCCACCUGAGAGAAAAGGGGACUGCAGAGGAAUGUAUACAUGGUGGAACCUAACUUCUUGUGGAACAAGUGUUGCCAGCUCAGAAGGCAGUGAGGAGCUGUUUUCAUCUGUGUCUGUUGGAGAUCAAGAUGAUUGCUAUUCCCUGUUAGAUGAUCAGGACUUCACUUCUUUUGAUUUAUUUCCUGAGGGGAGUGUCUGCAGCGAUGUCUCUUCUUCUAUUAGCACUUACUGGGAUUGGUCAGAUAGCGAGUUUGAAUGGCAGUUACCAGGCAGUGACAUUGCCAGUGGGAGUGAUGUACUUUCUGAUGUCAUACCCAGUAUUCCAAGUUCACCUUGCCUGCUUCCUAAAAAGAAAAACAAGCACCGGAAUUUAGAUGAACUCCCUUGGAGUGCAAUGACAAAUGAUGAGCAGGUGGAAUAUAUUGAGUAUCUGAGUCGGAAAGUGAGUACUGAGAUGGGUCUUCGGGAGCAACUUGAUAUUAUUAAGAUCAUUGAUCCUUCUGCUCAAAUCUCCCCUACAGACAGUGAGUUUAUUAUUGAACUUAACUGUCUCACAGAUGAAAAACUGAAGCAGGUCAGAAACUAUAUCAAGGAGCAUAGCCCUCGCCAACGGCCUGCAAGAGAGGCCUGGAAGAGAAGCAACUUUAGUUGUGCAAGCACCAGUGGAGUGAGCGGUGCCAGUGCCAGCGCCAGCAGCAGCAGUGCCAGCAUGGUCAGUUCUGCAAGCAGCAGUGGGUCCAGUGUUGGAAACUCUGCUUCAAACUCCAGUGCCAACAUGAGUCGAGCACACAGUGACAGCAACCUGUCUGCAAGUGCAGCAGAGCGGAUUCGGGAUUCAAAAAAGCGAUCCAAGCAGCGGAAGUUACAGCAGAAGGCCUUCCGCAAGAGGCAGCUGAAGGAGCAGAGGCAGGCCCGGAAGGAGAGGCUCAGUGGGCUCUUCCUUAAUGAAGAGGUGCUGUCCUUGAAAGUGACUGAGGAAGACCAUGAAGCAGAUGUUGAUGUUUUGAUGUAAUAAGGGUGAAUUUAUCAGCAUUCUUUGUGAGCAUUAAAAUACUACAUCCUUAUUGGUUUACAUGCAUCUUGACCAAAAUUUUGGUUAGGGCUGUGCUGAUGUACCAUUAAUAAUUUAAGCCAGUGGUUCUUGACAGGUGGUCCCAAGACCUGCAGCUUCAGCAUCACCUGAGAAGUUGUUAGGAAUGCAUACUUGUGGGCUCCACCCCCAGACGUAGUGAAUCAGAAACCAACAGGGAGGCGCC